AUGGUUGCCUUUUUGCUUCCGAUAUUGCUCAUUCUGGUCUGCCAGGUCUUGGGCAUAAAUGACUUCAAUUCAGAUCCAGAUAUUGUGAAUGCAUCUCUGCAGUUCCAAAAGCUAUCUCAUAACGCUUUGAAAACCUCCCUAAAUACGGUUAUCGAAGAGGCUUCGAGAGAUAGGAAUAGCAAUUGCACGUUGGAGACACUUCGAGUUCGGCGAAAUUGGAAAGCCUUCACUAAAACAGAGAAGAGAUCCUAUAUCGAAGCUUUCCUAUGUUUGACCGAGAUACCUACUAUUACGCCACGGUAUCUAGCUCCUGGGACUAGAUCACGAUUUGAUGAUUUUGUCGCUGUUCACAUCAAUCAAUCGUACCACAUUCAUCGAGAUGGAUUGUUCUUCGCAUGGCAUCGGUAUUUUAUUUGGGAGCAUGAACAGGCUUUACGGAAUGAAUGCAACUAUACCGGAGACUAUCCGUACUGGGACUGGGCCGCAGAUGCCAAUGACCUUGAGAAAUCUGAAGUCUUCGACGGCAGCGACACCUCCCUCUCAGGAGAUGGAGUCUAUAUUCCCAACGAGCCCGACAUUGGCGCCAGAUUACCAGGCAACUAUCCACCUCUAUGGCUUCCCCCGGGCACAGGAGGAGGCUGCGUCACAAGUGGACCCUUCGUAAACCUCACCGUCAAUCUAGGACCGUCAUUCUUAGCCGUCUCUGGCGACAAUAUCACUCGUGCAUCAAACCCGCUAGAUUAUAAUCCGCGAUGUCUAAAGCGGGACCUCACCACAUCCAUUUUACAGAUGUAUGUCAACUAUACGUCGAUUAUGUAUUUGCUUGAUGAAAGCCAUAUCAUCUGGGAACUGGAAGAUGGGAUACAAGGCAGUCCCAUUGGAGUCGGACUUCAUGGCGGAGGCCAUUACUGUAUGGGUGGUGAUCCAGGCCGUGAUACAGAUGCUAGUGCUGGGGACCCGGCGUUCUAUCAUCAUCAUUCGAUGAUAGAUCGGGUCUGGUGGAUUUGGCAGAAUAUGGAUUGGAAGGUUCGGCGAAAUGCUAUUUCGGGAACCAGUACAUUUAUGGAUACGCCUCAUUCGCCAAAUGUUACGCUUGAUUAUCCUCUGGAUCUGGAGUAUGCUAAUCGAAAUCGGGGACCGGUUCAUCUAAGAGAUAUUAUGAGUACAACUAGUGGGCCGUUCUGUUAUGUUUAUUUGUGA